AUGGCCAGCCUGCGAAGAACUCUGACCGCGGUAAGCCCUGCGGUUUUGUUUCAUAAACACACGGUUUGCAGGGCCAUACAACAGCAAGCAGACAUGCCUGCAAGGGUUCAUUGUGCUACCAGAUAUCUUAUGAAUAGUUCAAACAGAAGACUCUCUUACUCGACACAGGUCAACUUGUCCAAGUCACUUUUUAGAAGAACACUUACAACACAGGCACAAGCAGAGGGGGCGCCAUUGGUGCUCAGAAGAGAUGAAGGAGGAAUAAGAUGGCUGAAGUUUAAUAAUGAAAGAAAAAGAAAUGCACUGUCUCUGGCCAUGCUGGAUUGUCUGAAACAGGAGCUGAUGGAGGGAGGGGAGGAUGAAAAAGUCCGAGUCCUGAUCCUGACAUCAGAAGGUCCAGCAUUCUCCUCAGGGCAUGACUUAUCAGAACUGACAUCAGCCACAGGCCAUGAGUACCAUAAGAAAGUCUUCAGAAGAUGUACAGAGGUCAUGACACUAGUACAGGACAUCCCAGUCCCAGUGAUGGCAGAAGUGAGAGGGUUGGCGACAGCAGCUGGCUGUCAGCUAGUGGCAAGUUGUGACGUGGCUAUAGCAGCAGAGACAGCGAGAUUUGCAACACCAGGGGUAAACAUUGGGUUGUUCUGUUCAACACCAGGUGUCGCUUUGGCCAGAGCUGUCCCCAGGAAGGUUGCCAUGGAGAUGUUACUAACUGGGUUCCCAAUAAGUGCAUCAGAGGCAUUCAGGGCGGGGCUGGUAAGCAAGGUGGUCCCUGAGGAUAAGGUGGAAGAAGAGACUUUGAAAAUUGCCAGAAAGAUCUGUGAUACAAGUCGGUCAGUGACGGCCAUUGGAAAGGCUUGUUUCUACAACCAGAUUAUGUGGGAUCGCAACACUGCAUACAGGCAUGCAGAGGAUGUUAUGGUAUCUAAUCUUCAAAUAAAAGAUGGACAGGAAGGAAUUGGUGCUUUUCUACAAAAACGUCAUCCGGUAUGGACGCACAAUGAGGACCCCGUAGACAAAGAGUGAUCUCGGAUUUUAGGGAGAUGUUGAAAAGAAAUUUAAGUGCUAAAGAUCAUUUUGACUUUAAUUAAUUGGAGAUUUUAUUGGGAAAAGAGAGAGAGAGAGAAAAAGCUGUAUUGAAAAUCCAGUUGACAAUUUGUAAUCGGAGGCCUAGGAAUAGAGAGAGGGAGAGCUCAGUUGUGGAAGAAAUUUUAUUGUGGACAGCUGCUCGGUAUGUCAUUUAGAAUGGUAAUAAUCUACAGUGGUGACUGGAUAGACUUUGUACUGUCAUGAUCAUUUCUAAUAUUAUAGCAGUCAGAGGCAUGCUGAUCAUAUGAGGAGAACAUGAGAAGUUUUCUCAGUAUCAAAAAAGAAUAUAAUACAGCAGUAGAUUGUAUAUUACGAAAAAGGACAAGGAAAGACUACUCAGGAUGUAUAAACAGAAAAAUCACAUGUGUGGAGAAUCACUUGUGAUGUGGCAUUUAAAAAAUGAAUAAAGAGUAUUUUUUGUAAUUUGGUUUGAGGAGAUUAAUAAUAUCAAAUUGUUAUCUAUCGUGGGUAUUGUAGAUUGCUACUUGUAGUCCCAGUAGUAUAAGGACAAGUAGUAUAAGUAGUA